UCCAGGAUAUACCCGUUUAUCUGAUAAAAGGCAAUAAGGAAGAGAUGCUGGUUACUGGUUAACUCCAACAGACUUUACACUCCAGCAUUUGUAAUGCGUUAAGAAGCAGAGUCAUUCUGUGAAAGGGUAAAGUUUGGAAAUCAAAGUGUCACCAUGAGCGACACCUCAGAGGACGACAACGAGAUCUCCUUCUCCCUGAAGUUUCUUGGUCGAGUUGAGGUGGAUCGCCCUGCUGGACUAGAAGUCCUGGAUGAAGCGAUUCAGAGCCUAAAGAAACCAGAGAAAUACAACCCAGACAAGGCUGCCAAGAACAGCAAAGUCCACCUCUUCCUGUCCCUGAGCGGGAUCGACCUUCUGGAAAACAAAACCAAGUUCUUGUUGUACUCGUGCCCUCUGUCCAGUAUCUCCUUCUGUGCCGUGGUCCCAUUGUCACCCAAAGUCUUUGGUUUUGUGGCUCAGCCCCCUACAGCAGACACAUAUCACUGCUAUCUGUUCCAGAGCAAGAAGUUUUCUCAUGUGCUGGUGUCGUUAAUCGGGGACUCCUUCAGAGCUUCAAAGAAAGAGACCAAAAACAUCAGAGGAGCACGAGACCUAAAGGUGGAAGCACUCAGACAUAAGAAUAAAGUGCUGCAGAGGGAGAAUGAGGAGCUGAAGAGGAGGCUCCAAGGACAGACUGAGGUUUAAUGUAGCAUCAUGUUUUUGAAAUGAGGAAUGCACAAACAGAUGUAAUGAAGGCUGGGGUUGAAAAUUAAUAAAAACAUGUUUUAAUAUGUUCAGAAA